AUGCGGAAAGUGCGCCGCAAUGGCCUUCUGGUGUGGGCGGCAGUGCUCAGUGUCUCGUUGUGGAAUCGAUGGAGGGGCCCCAAGCCAAAAGGGGCCACAGAAUCCAAGGCCUGUGACAGGGGCCGAAUCUGUGACAGCUGGGCCCUAAGUCUCAGUGGCCUGAGCUUGUCAAGCCCAGAGGAAGCGCAGCUCCCCACGGCCAUCCUGGUGUAUCCGGACCGGGGGACGCCUGCCCUGGCAAAGGGCAUCGUGCCCGCGACCUGGCCUGUGGUGGGUGAGCAAAUAAGCCGGCGGGUGGCUUGGGACCUGGACUCCAAGGCAGAGCUGCAGGUCAUGUCGUUAUCCCGGUUCUGCCAAAGUCUUGGGAGGCGAGCGCCCGCCAACAUCUCACUCGUGCUUGGCCUGGACUUGCCGGAGAGGCUGCCCUCACCAUGCACAGAGCAGGCGAAGACAAACAUGCUCCACGCCAUUUCGACCCGGCUGUUCGUGAACACCUCCGCUCCAUCUCAGGAGCUCCUUACCAACGACUGGUAUUCCACAACCAAGCCCAAGGCAAGGCAGGGUCGAAAGCGACGGCGCCGCGUGCUUCGACUGCUCCAUCGGCAGUCAGAGGAUGACUUGAUUCAGGCGAUCCUCCUGCUCAUGCACCAGCACGUGACACCCCUGAGGUCUGUGGAGAUGCAGAUGCCACACCCGGAUGCAGCAUCCAUGGCCCGCACCGGUGUCUUCUGUGGCUUACAGACAGCCGCUUGCAUGGUGAAUCCUCAAUGCUUCCAAGGGCUGUUCUGCAUUGCCCUCUGCCAUCUCGACGACCAGACCUGUGCCUAUCGAUGCUUGCUGAAGUUUGACGUCCCCGCGAUUGGAAAGUUUUCUGAGUGCGCGCUUGAGAAACAGAAUGUCAUGAACUUUCACACGCUUCCCCCUUCCCUACCUGAAGUCAAGCCAAUGGAUAACUACCGUUUCGCCAAGCUCACCGUCCCAGUGGCAAAUGACAUACUGAUCGGGCACAGGAAGAACAAGGAGAAAAAGUACAGCUGGAUUGUUGCAGCCUCCUCCAGCCAGGCAUACGCGCAAUUUAGGCUUCAGUAUCAGAUCUGGCGCCAUGUAAAGCAGCGCUUCCUCUAUCAUGCGGUGUUUCUUGCCGAAGGACGGGACGGAAAGGAUGCCUGGAAAACACGGACGUACCUCGUGAAACCGCUGGAAGAUGCUGGACAUUGGCUCUUCCGGGCGUCCGACAGCGGCAUCAAGCUAGAAGAGCACUGGUACCUGCUAGGUGCAGACCGGGACUUACAGUGGAUGGUUCUCUACUUUGCCGGUGUGGCCGCUCAUGCAGGGCAAGCAUAUCGCGGAAGUAUGCUUUUGACACCGGAUGGCAAUGUACCGGCAUCCUCGGCGAUGCGAGAUGUGGAGGAUGCCCUAUCGCUCGCUGGAAUGGCACCGAAGCUUGGCUUUCUUGUGGGGAGGCUGUCGAGGCUACAGUGGCUACAUCUUGUUCAACCAAAGUCUUGCCCUCGCUUAUUGACAUGUAAACCCUUUUUUCGCCUAAACCCUUCACCCGUCCUCUAUCAACCCAUGAACCCUGCGCAAAGCCAAACACAGCCUGCCGAGUGA